UACUCUUCUCACUCACUCACCAAUAUUCACUAAGAUUUUCUCUCUCUACCUCCUUCCUUUCUCUCUCUCUGUCGGCGAUGCAGAGGCUUUCAAUAGACUCAUCAGCUUCGAAGCUUCAUAGCUACGGAGGACGGAAGGAUGACAUCCAUGAUCACGAUGACUUAAAGCACAAGGAGUCACUCUCCUCUCCUCCUCUUUCUUCCUCAUCGUCCACUGCAAAUUACGAUGAUGACGAGCUCAAGGACUUUAAGCCCCGACGGUUAUCGCUGCAAUCGCCGACGCAUCAGAACGGAGAGAAGCUUGUUCACUUCAUCCCCGUCCUCACUCUUAUCUGUUUCAUCAUCCUCUACCUCUCUUCUCACGCUCCGUCGCAAUCAGAUUUAGCUCAGUUUAACGGAUUCAUGCGUCGUUCAAAGCAUCUAGAUUCCGACGAAGAUGGCGAAAUCUCCAAGUUAAUGAUCAGUUCCGACGCUCUGGCUAUCCGUAGUAGCAUAAGGAACUUAAAAGAGACGGAAAGCUCCGCGUCGGAAUCACUCCCCCGUCGCCGAACUUCUCACCGGAAAAUAGCUGACUUCUAGAUUUUUUUGCUUCAUCGUCUUCUUCUAGAAUAAUUAUCUUCGUCACUUGCAUGUUGAUUCGUUCGUUCAAACUCAAAAUUCGUGAAUCGUGUUUCUGUUAUAAAAAUUUGAAAUUAGCGUCGCCGGUUAACAGUAAAACCGGCCGGCGAUGGAAUAACCGUCAUGCUAGCGUGCGCUUUGUAUGGGAGGCGUAGGUUAGAGUGUGCUAGGGGUAGUUAUGCUAUCCAGCUGGAGUUUUGGACCCUACAGAGCCUCGUGCUUAAUACAUCGGAGUCAGAGCUACCAAUCUCCUCUGAACAACAAUAAUAGUAUAAAUACUAGUAUUUUCUCACAUUAUCCAUGGACAUUAUCUAUGUAUCAAAUUUUAUAGCUUAA